GUCCAUUACCUGUGUCGCUACUCUUCACUCCAAUCAUCCAGGAUUCCAGUGGGCAAGAAAGUGGCAAGAGGACUUCUAGAGGCCCAUCAAAGUGUGAAAUCUGAAAAAUCACCCAAUCAAUGCCCUCAUAAUCCCAUAUCCGCGGGAAUUCAGCUUUCUGAUUCUCUAUAAAUAAAGACCGUAGAAAGAAAAAUCCAGAAUCUUUUGGAUUUAGAUUCGAUUUUUGUUUUCUUACUUCCCUUUCAGAAUCUAGGGUUGCGUCCGUUGGUUUUCUUGGAAUCAUGUCCAACUGCUGAGUUUUGCUUUGAGUUUUGGCGAUUAUGGUGACGAUAAAUAGCUCGAUUGCUGCUUGGAUCAGUCAUUUUCUUGAUUGCAUGGGUUCCUAGAUUCAUGGAGAUAUAGAGCAUCAUAUGAGCUGCCAUGCUUGCAUAUCCACCAUUUGAGUCUCCAACAAUUGUUCCAAUAACUACAUAUCCGAUUUGACCUAUGGACAAACAUCACGAGCAGUGUCGCUGGUUGAAGCCUUCAUCGGCAAGAAGGGGUCGUUUGCUUUCUGGCCAUCAAAUGCAUACAGUUCUAGUUGCUGGUUGGGCCAGUUUGAUUGCCUGUGGUUGCUUUGGGUGCUGUACUGGACCCACACCAAUUAUAGCUGUUGAUGAGCCAUCAAAGGGGCUAAAAAUUCAGGGGCGCAUGGUGAGAAAAUCCAGUUUAUCGGAUGAUUUUUGGAGUACCAGCACAUAUGAUCUGGAUAACAGCACUGUUCAGUCUCUAAAAAGCAUCUCGUCUAUCAGCACAUCAAACCAAAAUCUUAACUGUGGUGGUGGCAUUGGCGGCACAAGCAGCAAUUCUGACUUUGUAAAUCAUGGCAAGUUUUCUUACAUUAUUUCUUUCUUUCCUGCGUAUGUACUGAGACAAAUAUGGUUGUUUCCAUAUGGAGCCAUCUGGAGUAUUUUGAUCACCCCUUUUGGUCUUCUUCUCUGGAACCAAACCAGGCUUCAAUGGAUUGGAAGUAGCAGGUUCAGAGACCAGUCGCACCAAAGUCGGGAACCCAGAUUAAGUUGGAAUGCAACCUAUGAAAGUUUACUUGGAACCAAACAGCCUUUACCCCAGCCCAUUCCUCUAUCUGAAAUGAUAGAGUUUCUUGUUGAUGUAUGGGAGCAGGAAGGGCUCUAUGAUUAAGUGUAUUCGUAUCAAGAUAAGAGUCUUUUGUGUAUAGUUGAGGGCUAAGGAGGAACAAAAGGUUCGAACACAUUUUUCUGUUUCACUUGUAAUACAACACACUAAUGACAGUACUCUCUCUCUCUCUCUCUCCUGUAUAUGCCGCAUCGGACAUGCCCUUCUACCAUGUUCAAACUGAACAUAGAUGUAAGUGUGUACAUAAAAUAGAUAAACUUGCUGUUCUCUUUU